CGUUGCUUUGGCAAGUCAAUUUCCCUCACGUUUAAAUCACACCCUUUGUUUCUCAAUCCGAUCUCUAACGACAAAAAGGAAGCCUUUGAUUGCGUUGUGCGUACGGUUCAACAGAGAGAAUACACAGCAAUGGAGAUUGUGGGGCAGCUGCAGAAACAGUUUGUUGACUUCUCUACUUCUCUUUAUCGCGAGGGUUUCUUGGAUGAACAGUAUCUCCAGCUGCAGAAAUUGCAAGAUGAGAGCAACCCUGAUUUCGUGUGUGAAGUUGUCUCACUCUUCUUUGAUGAUUCUGAGAAGCUUCUGAAUAAUUUGGCAACUGCUCUUCAGCAGCAGGUUGUAGAUUUCAAGCAGGUUGAUGCUCAUGUUCAUCAGUUCAAAGGCAGCAGUUCAAGCAUAGGUGCACAAAGAGUGAAGAACAUGUGUGUUGCAUUCAGAAACUUCUGUGAAGAGAAGAACCUUGAUGGGUGUUUGAGAUGCUUGCAGCAAUUAAAGCACGAGUAUUUUCUUGUAAAGAAUAAGCUCGAAACUUUGUUUAGGUUGGAGAGACAAAUCGUGGAAGCCGGUGGGACAGUUCCCAUCAUAGGAUGACUUGUUAUAAGCGUAUGAUGUUAGUUGUAGAGCUCAAGAUAUUGAGGUGAAUGUUUUGUGUGAAUUGAAUUCUAUUUUGUCUUGUGCUUGAGUUGUGAAAACAUUCUGCACUCAUCUAGCCCUAAAUUAAUGCUUGUAUUUUCAGACAGGAAUAUUCUGCUUAUCACUGAAUAUUAGCUACUUAUACCUUUGACCGAUUUAUUAAAAACUGCAACUUUUAGUUUCUA